GCUCGAUCAAGAGUUUCCUCUCAACAAAGGAUGGGCCUUGAAAGAGAACCUAAAACUUGGUAAUAAGAGUGGGGGAAAAUGUAUAUCAAAAAAGGUGGUUCAGUAUUUACAAGGUUACUUUUUAGCUGGAAACUUGAGAGCUGUGGAUCGUUAUUCACCUGAAAAUAUGCAUACCUGCCUAGAAGAACUAGCUGUAGAAGGAGAAAUUGCCUUGGAAGAAAUACCAACAGUAAAAACUAUCAAAGGGUGGAUAGGAAGGUAUAGUGCCAAUUUCAAGAAAGAAGCAUCAGAGCGAGCAUUGGUAGAGAGUAAUAAGGAAAAUAUAAAUAUUGAUAGAAAUAUUGAAGGAAAUAAUGGAACAUUUUGGGCUUUUUGGGAGAAUCUGAUAUGGAACCGUUUGAAAAGAAAAUUGACUGUUACACUGAGUCUCGAGGAAAACGUUAAUCGUGAGGGAGGCAAUAGAAGAGAAACUGCACAACUGUUGCUCGAUAAGUACAAAAAAGUAAGUAUAAGACUUUUGGAGCUUUUUAUUUUGGAAAUGCAAAAUUUUGUUAAGGCGUGGGUGGCUUUUAUACCGGCCUUUAUUGGGGGGCGUAGGAGACUUUAUAGGUCAAGCCGUUCUGCGUUCGAGGGUUAUAGACGCGAUCGUAAAAGUGCGAGAACUUGGAAUAAUGGAAGAUCUAACAGUAAGAUUGCAGUUAAUUCUAAAAAGCGCGAGAAAUUAUCAGUAGAAAUAGGAGAGUUUGACAUACCAGAAUAUCAGAAUGAGCCGGCUGCCAAAAAACGUAAGUAG